AUGUACUCAAAUCUAGGAAUACUGCUACUACUCUUUGGCUUGCUGUGCUUUGUGUCUCAAGCAACUGGCCAAGAGAGUCGUCUAACGUGUGGCAGACGUAGAGUGAAGUCGGUUUAUCUCAUCCAUAAUGGCAUUGAUGCGAAGGCAGGCCAUUGGCCGUGGCAUGCGGCCAUCUUUCAUCAAAACAUCGGCAGAAGCGAUUAUGCCUGCGGAGGAUCCGUUCUCGAUGAGAAUACUAUUCUGACAGCUGCUCACUGUGUGCACACAAGUAGGGGAGUUCUUAAAGCGAAUCGAUUAUUGGUCUAUGUUGGACGCAUUCAUCUGGAAGAAGAGGGCGAAUUCUCACAAACGCACAGCGUACGGGAGGUUGUAGUCCAUCCGGGAUUCAGCAGAACCAGCAUCAUAAACGAUAUUACCAUUUUAAAACUGGCAACAAAUAUUACGAUGACAAAGUACGUGCAGCCCGUUUGUCUGUGGACUAUGGAGAGUGAUCAGGAGAUGAUCGUUGGCAGAAAUGGUACGAUCGUUGGAUUCGGUCUGAACGAGGAGGAUGUAGUAUCGAAACAGCUUAAGCAAGCUCUUAUCGGUGUUGUGGAUGCGUUGACAUGCAUCGCGAGUGAUCGUUCAGUGUUCGGAACUCAUCUGACCUCGGAUAUGUAUUGUGCCAAAGGCCAGGCGGGUGUCAGUGCAUGUAAUGGGGACAGUGGUGGUGGAAUGUUCUUUGAAGUCGGUGGCAAAUGGUUCGUGAGAGGCUUGGUAUCGUUUACUCCGCUGCGUGGAAAUACGAGCAUUUGCGAUCCGUUGAAGUACACCGCGUACACCGAUGUGGCAAAGUAUCUUGGCUGGAUAACGCAGUACGUGGACAACCGUGUACUGACGUUCGAGACCGACGUGCUGGAGAUCGAUUACGAGGAGAAGCUGCGACUCUUCAACUUCAACACCUGUGGUGUGAAGACUGCUACGUUUGUUAGCGAUAGAGUUAACUGGACACUACCAUGGCUUGGGUUCGUUAGAGCAUCGAACGAAUUCUACUCGAGAUGUGCGGUGACGCUGAUCAGCGAAUGGUAUGCCGUAGGUCCAGCGCUGUGCUUCGAAAACGAUGGUGUUGAGGCUUUUGUGUUAAUAGGAAAUGGAAUCGAACAGACCAAACCCGAAUGUUUCGAUCGCAACGGAACGACGAUAUGUACCGCGACAACGCAAAAGUUGCGCAUCCAGCGCGUGAUCAUCCAUCCCAAGUUUGGCACAAACAGUUCGGCAGACAAUAUUGCACUGAUUGAGUUUCUCAAUCCGGCAGACACCACGCAGCCGAAUGUUAAACCUAUCUGUUUGCCCGUUACGUCCGAGCUGAGGGCAAACCCCAAAGCGAACCUUCACGUUGCGUCCAUUUCCCGCGUAGACCAGUCUUACAAAAACAUCCCCGUUAGCUAUCUGAGUUCAGACGACUGUAUGCGUCAGUAUGCUGAUCGCGAUAUAACGCUCAACCUCGAAAACAAACGGCUCUGUGCGGAAAUCGCAAACAGAGAGGAUGAACAAAGUUGCAGCGCCCUAAUCGCCGGUGCACCGCUUCAGGAGAGGAAAAUGUUGGGCGCGAAGGAGCAGUACUUUCUGCGCGGGUUCGAAUUGCUUGGUUUAGCGUGCCAUUCGCAGGCACCACCCGUUUAUAAUAACUUGGAAACGUAUCUGGACUGGAUACUGUACAACAUGCGGUACAACGAACCGGACGCGGUAGAUGCGGAUGGUGUGAUAGGACCUGCCAAUGGUACGCUGAAAUCACAGUGGCUAAAGCUACAGCAGGAGGUGGGAAAUGAAAAGCUAGGGCUAUUUAAUAUGAGCUCUUGUGGGAUGACUACAACAAGAGACGGCCCUUCAGGCCAAAUCACCAUCUUUCCCUGGGCAGUGUUGGUGUUUGGUGUGGACGGGAUAGUUAGCGGCGAACUUAAGGUGCACGGUAUGGGAGUUUUGAUAAGCGAAUGGUACUUCCUGACAAGCGCAUAUGUUGUGCAACAGAAAGCUUCAUGGCGUCAUGUAGUAUUCGGACUGUACAACGUAUUGCUCCAAGCAGAAUGUACGGGUGAUUCUUGCUUACCGUACCAGGAAGCAGUAAUUAGACGCAUGCUCGUACAUCCGAACUACAGAAAGGAUCCUAGAAAUAAUAACAUUGCCCUGGUUGAACUUGAAAAUCCGGCCAACUUUACGUACCCGCACAUAGGUCCCAUAUGUAUGCCAUUCAUCAAGGAACUUCAGCGCAGUAAGCCGUUGGAGUUGGUAGUAACGUCGGAAGAGUUUUUUGACCUGCGAAGCAAGCAGCUAGCGGAGCUUCCUCCAGCCGUCUGUCAACGGCAGUUGGCUCAAGAAGGUUUCCUAACCUCCGCUAAGAACUUACCAUGGUGUGCCGUGGAUUCGGAUAAUCGUGGUCAAUCUCCGCUACUGCUAAAUGCCGGUGCUACCCUGCAAGCGUUACUGCAAUUCGAUGAGGAGCAGCGUUAUUUUCUGCGUGGCAUCAACUUGCGCAAUAGUUUGCCGAACGAGUUUCCGUACCUGCCGGAGCUGUUUACUAAUGUCGAUCGGUUUCUCGAAUGGGUUGUGGAUAGUAUGAAGUUUAAGGAGCCGGAACCGCUGUGGCCUACCGAAACGAGACGUGCUACGGCAAGACAAGUGCGGCUGAACCCGAUACGAAACACUUCCAAGAGGAGAUUGUUUGACUUUGAGCACUGUGGAAAGGUGUCAAAAUUGAACGAAACGGUGGAAAGCGCCGCAAUACCAUGGAUGGGAUAUUUAUCUUCAGAUCAAACCUCUCUAAAUGCUAGCAAAGACAAUAGGUGUGCAGUUACUUUAAUCAGCGAAUGGUAUGCCGUUGGCUUGGCGGCUUGUUUUAGUGGCAAUAGUACGGAGUUUUCUGUACUGUUUGGCAUUAAUAGUGUAAAUGGCCUUCAGGACUGUACCGAAUGUAAGCAUCCAACUCAACGAAUAACAGUGGAAAAGAUCCUCAUCCAUCCACGGUACAACAACUCCACCUACAGGAACGAUAUAGCACUAGUAAAGCUGGCAAACCCUGUGGACACAUCGCAACGACACGUGAAACCAAUCUGCCUUCCCUUGAUGGAUGAGGUACGCAGCUACGAUACAUCGAGCAUGGUUGCGGUUUCAGAAAAUGAAGCAGGCUCCCUUUAUCUCUUAAACACCGUAGACGAUCGAUACGUAGAAUCAAGCGAGUGUCAAAAACGUUGGAACGAAAUGGGGCUCGAGUUUGCGAUAGAAAACGAGAAAAUAUGUAUCCAGCUGGAACGAGCGCCUAACAAUGAGUGUUACGAUUUGCUUACUGGCGCUUCGCUGCAGACGAUUCAGCAGAUCAACGCAGAGGAUAGACACUUUUUGCGUGGUAUUGUAGAGUUCAAAUCUAAAGUUUGCACUGCAUACCUCCCGGUUGUGUAUACUGAUACGGACGUCCAUCUGGAUUGGAUAUUAGACAAUAUGGAAGAUGCCAGCUAUCCACUGGGAUUAUCUUACGACUUGAGAGAGAAGCUCAUUUUUAUACCCCUGUGGGAAGGAGGAAUUAUGUGCUCUGGAAGACUGCUUCUGUUAUUUGGCCUAUGGUGCUUGGUGUCUCAUACAACCGGUCAACAGAGUCGUCUAACGUGUGGCAGACGUCGAGUGAAAUCGGUCUAUCUCAUCCAUAAUGGCAUCGACGCUAAGGCCGGUCAUUGGCCGUGGCAUGCGGCCAUCUUUCAUCGCAAGCAGGGGAAGAUGGAAUACGCCUGCGGAGGAGUGAUCAUUGACGAGAGUACUAUACUUACAGCUGCUCACUGUAUCUACACAACGAGCGGGAAAAUCCCUCCGAACCGGAUUGCGGUGAGUGUCGGACAGAUCGAUCUGAAGGAGGAGAACAACGAGUAUACGCAGAAGCAUAAUGUGCAAGAAACGAUCGUACAUCCGAAGUACGGUUCAGCGAGUAUUAUCAAUGACAUUGCUCUUUUGAAGCUGUCAACUUUUAUUACGAUGACAAAGUACGUGCAGCCCGUUUGUCUGUGGACUAUGGAGAGUGAUCAGGAGAUGAUCGUUGGCAGAAAUGGUACGAUCGUUGGAUUCGGUCUGAACGAGGAGGAUGUAGUAUCGAAACAACUUAAGCAAGCUCUUAUCGGUGUUGUGGAUGCGUUGACAUGCAUCGCGAGUGAUCGUUCAGUGUUCGGGACGCAUCUGACCUCGGACAUAUACUGUGGCCGGGGACAGACGGGUGUUAGUGCGUGCAAUGGGGAUAGUGGUGGAGGAAUGUUCUUUGAAGUCGGUGGCAAAUGGUUCGUGAGAGGCUUGGUGUCGUUUACUCCGCUGCGUGGAAAUACAGGACUCUGCGAUCCGCUGAAGUACACCGCGUACACCGAUGUGGCAAAGCAUUUUGAGUGGAUUGUACAGUAUGUAGAUCAACGAGUACUUUCCUUCGAGUCGGAUAUUUUGGAUAUAGAUUAUGAGGAAAAGUUACGGCUGUUUAAGUUUGACACCUGUGGUGCGAUGUCCUCAACACUGCUUAGCGAUGGAAAUAGUUGGACACUACCCUGGCUAGGAUUUGUCAUCUUUGCCCACGGGUCGGACAGUGCACCGAGUACACCAAGGUGUACGGUAACGUUGAUAAGCGAUUGGUAUGCCAUUGGUCCGGCACAUUGUUUUGAUAACGAUGGUAUAGAACGCUGGAUUCUACUUGGAGGUGAUUCCGAAUCAUCCUCGGCGGAGUGUACGGAUCGCAAUGGAACAUCUCGGUGCACGUACCCAACACAAACGCUACAAAUUGAACGCAUCAUCACCCAUCCCAAGUACGACAGUAACACUCUCGGUGAUAAUAUCGUACUAAUCGAGCUGCUAAAAGCUGCCAACACGUCACUCCCGAAUGUGAGACCCAUCUGCAUCGCUGCUACACCUGAACUCCGAACGACUCAGAUGACCAACCUAUCAGUAGCAUCCCUUUCUACGCAAACGAAUUCUUAUCGAAGCGAAGCUGUUAGCCUUGCGAACACCGACGUUUGCAAGACACAGUACGCUGAUUUGGGGUUCACAAUUAGCUGGCAAAAGAAGCGAUUCUGUGCCCAAAUACCGGAAGCUGCUGUUUGCGGAUCGCUGAAAAGUGGCGCACCACUUCAAGAGUUGCGAUCGUUCGGCGAUACUAGCCGAUACUUCCUACAAGGAUUCGAACUGUUUGGACGAGCAUGUGGAAUGGACAUACCGCCCGUGUACAACAACAUUGAUGACUAUCUGGACUGGAUACUGUACAACAUGAGAUACAGUGUUGUGGAUAAAGGUGGACCUAUUGCAUCUGUAUCGGUUGCCACCGACCCAAAGGAAAGUCUGGACAAGGAAUGGGACGCACUGCAGCAGCAACCAGGGAAGGAAAAAUUGCACCUAUUCAAUAUGACCACGUGCGGUUUGCCGACUUCGCGCAAACAAAACCUGGGCAGGGUUACAAUUCUACCAUGGGUAGGGUUUUUUCAAGGUGCCGAAAACGUGACCGAUGAGGCUUCCUGGACGAAAAGUUUAGCCGUACUGAUAAGCGAAUGGUAUGCGAUAGUCCCCAGAAGAAGUGUUACGAGCAAUAUAACUUGGCGGCUACUGAUACUGGGAAAGUACAAUCCGGACGAUCCAACCAACUGCUACACCAGCACCUGCGAAAUAACGCACCAAAUGGUGGAAAUUAAACGCGUCAUCACUCCACCCGCCGAUCAACCGAGACAAACGUUGGCAUUGGUAGAGCUGCUGGAGCCGGCAAACCUGAACAUUCCCUACAUAAGCCCCAUAUGCUUGCCCUUCAUGCAGCAACUGUAUCGCAACAAACCGUCCGAGGUAACGAUAUCAUCCAACCGACAGUUUACCAUCGUAAGCAAGAAGCUCACGAUGAUCGACUAUCUCAACUGUCAGCAGCGGUUGCUGCUGGCCACACACCUUGUUACGUUCGAUGGAGAUUUUCCUUGCGCGAUCGAGGCGGAAAAGUUGCGGCAGGUGUCUUUAUCCUCCAGCUUGGGCAGUCCUUUGCAGAGGCCUGUACGGAUGGGUGGACGUACGCGUUACUUUCUCUACGGGAUGGAUAUGAACGAGGAGAACAUUUUCUCCGACCUGGUGUACGGACCGUACCUGUUCAGUACGCUUCAGCUGGCCGAUCUGGAUUGGAUUGUGGAAAAUAUGCAGCCUAGGGAGCGCAAUGUAUCUGCGGCGCCCAUCGAAACGAGACGUGCCGAUCGGGUUGAAGUUAGUUUACCACCCGUUCCGGACAGCUUCAAGAGGAAUUUGUUCAACUUUAAUACGUGCGGUUUGAACACACUGCUGAGCGAGUCGUCGAGUAGGUAUCCUAUCCCGUGGACGGGGAAUGUUUUUUCAAACGCACCGUUUUUCAAUGUGAGCAGAUGUUCGGUGACGCUUGUUAGCGAAUGGUAUGCUGUAGGUCCUGCGUAUUGUUACGGUGAUGUGACACAAAAGCACUACAUAUUGUUUGGUUUUAGUGGUGAUUCUACGAAUAGGGAAUGCGCAGAGUCCAACACAACUGCUGCACCAUGUGAGCUUCCAACGCAACGAAUUCUGGUGGAAAAGAUCAUCCUUCAUCCACAGUACGAUCGGGCUAGUUACAGUAAUGAUAUAGCGCUGGCAAAAUUCGCCACCCCUGUGGACACUUCGCAACCACACGUGAAACCUAUCUGUCUUCCCCUGUUGGAUGAAGUUCGCAGCUAUGAUCUAUCGAAUCUGAUGAUAUCUUCUACCACUGCAAAAGCCUCCGACUAUACUGUGACGAGUGCAGAAACGAUAUACAUACCUCAGGACGACUGUCAACGACGCUGGACCGGUUUGGCUGUAAGCUUUACCGUAGACAGCACGAAGAGCUGCUUCAUUACCAGACGAUCGUUGGAGGAAAAUUGUAUUGGAGUGUUUGCCGGUGCUGCACUGCAUACGCUUCAAGGCGUUCGAUCGAGCAAAAGACACUUUUUACGUGGCUUCGCUGCGAUCCUGCCAAGAGGCUGUAGUGUUUACUAUCCGGCAGUUUACACCAAUACUGAUCAUUAUUUGGGCUGGAUAUUAGAAAACAUGGAUGAACCACUGUACCCGUCUGACGGUUCAACUGACAUGCGUGAGAGGCUUAUCUUCAACUAA